AUGUCCUCGACUCUCCGGGACAGUCUCGCCUCCGCCAUACAUGGUGCGUUUGAGGUCGCGGUGGAAAUCGCAGUUCUUGAGGUGACCAAGCUCGUCUCUGCAGCCGCUGGGGACGUGUGUGACAAGAUGCGACAGGAAAACCAGACGCUGAAAGAAGAGUUACAGAAAGCACAGUCUAUUAUACAGUCUGUCUUUGCGAGCAGUGGAAAUCUGCCAUCUAAAAGUCCUCACUACGAAAGUAAUAGGACAGACACCGGAAUAUACCCUGGUGUGAAAGUGGAAAGCGAUGCUGACCAGGCCUGCAUGGAUGCACCUCACCUGGUCAAGAUCAAGCUGGAGAAGUCAGAAGAUGAAUCAAACGCUUCAAACAACAUGGUCGAUUCCAUUAAAGAGGAAGCUGUUUCUAAAAUGCUGGAAGAGUGGACACCAGCGGGAUCUCACUUUGAAUCUGAUGAGCAAAAUGCAAUCCUCUCAGCUCAAGGUCACCCUUCAAAUAUGGAGUCUUCCUCUGUCAAUGUGUCACAUCUCCCUGUUCAUGUGACUGAUCAAGAACACCAGCCCCUUCGGUUUCACGAAGGACCUGUUCUUCAUAAUCAGGAAACAGCCAAAUCCUGCCUGAGGGAACAAAAUGCAAGGCUCAGACCCCUCACAAGGCCCCCCGGAGCGGGGAGAACUGGUCCACUCACUGUCCAAAGAAACAACAGGUUCUCAGGACGUCUCUGA